AUAGCAAGCGCUGAUCAAUGUAAUGGCCGUGGCGCGCUAGCCAACCAGAGCGCGUUAUGUUUCGGGGUGCGGCGAUCCGGCUUCUAUAAAGGAAGCCACGAGUUGGCAUUGUCGGGAGAGUCCAUCUUGGAGGAAUUUGGCGAUUGUUGGCGCUUGUGCUUUCAGUGACUUCUCAAAAGCAUCACCAUGUCCGACACCGAGCAGCAGUGUCUAGAAACGAACGCCGAGAACGGCCACGAAGCUUGCGAUGCGGAGGCAGCCGAGGAUAAGGCGCCCGCAGGCCAAAACGGCGCGGAAGGCGAACAGAUAAACGCGAGCAAAGGCGAAGAUGACGCAGGCUGCGUAGCUGAUAUUUCUUCCCCUUUAACUGAAGGAGUGAAAAUGUUUGUUGGUGGCUUGAGCUGGGAUACAAGCAAAAAGGACUUGAAAGACUACUUUGCAAAGUUUGGUGAGGUGUCUGACUGCACAAUUAAGAUGGACCCAAAUACAGGAAGAUCUCGAGGUUUUGGAUUUAUUCUGUUUAAAGAUGCGGAGAGUGUGGACAAGGUAUUGGAGCAUAAAGAACACAGACUAGAUGGCAGAUUAAUUGAUCCCAAGAAGGCCAUGGCAAUGAAAAAGGAUCCAAUAAAGAAAAUAUUUGUUGGUGGGCUCAAUCCAGAAGCAGGAGAAGACCAAAUAAGAGAAUACUUUGAAACUUUUGGAGAGAUUGAAGCGAUUGAGCUUCCAAUGGAUCCAAAAACAAACAAGAGGAGGGGCUUUGUUUUCAUUACAUUUAAGGAAGAGGAUCCCGUGAAAAAGAUCUUGGAGAAAAAAUUCCACAAUGUCAGUGGAAGCAAGUGUGAGAUAAAGAUUGCACAACCAAAAGAAGUGUAUCAGCAACAGUAUGGCGGCAGAGGUGGUAGCUUUGGUGGAAGAGGCGGCAGAGGGGGGAAAGGUCAAGGCCAAAAUUGGAAUCAAGGCUACAAUUACUGGAAUCAGGGCUAUGGCAACCAAGGUUAUGGAGGAUAUGGACAGCAAGGAUACGGAGGCUAUGGAAAUUAUGAUUAUUCUGGUUAUGGCUAUUAUGGAUAUGGACCAGGCUAUGACUACAGUUUUUUAAUCAAUAGGUAAAAACUGAACAGAUUUGGGGGUCUGCUUAAAGCUGCAACUUUGCAUCGAGGGACUGCCUCUUGGAGAUAAGUAUGGACUUACUCCAGUUGUACAGAUUGACUCAUCCUAGGGAACCCGUGUCACUUUCCACCUUUUUAUUUUAUAUUGUUUUGUCAUACAUUUCCAGUAUUGGAAGUGUUAAAUUUUACUGUACUUUUUGGUACCUUUUUGGAAUCUAAUGUAUUGUAAGGUAUUUUACAUGUGUUGAUUCACCAUAACAUGGAUAUUAAAGCUAUCCUAGCUUUUGAAAUAAAACAAACUUUGAGUAA